AUGAAUGGUGAUUUUUAUGUAAAAAUAUAAAUCAAUAAAAACAUGUGGGAAUCAAACAAAAUAAAAGCAGCAAGGCAUAAAUAUGAGUAUGAUAACUUUAAUGAGAUUGAUGAUAAGUUUAAAGAAUUUGAUGUGUAGCAAGGAGAUUCAGAAUUAAAUAAUACAUCUGCAGCCUUUGGAACAAUCCUCAUUUAGACAGCUGAGUAAGGAUUACAUAUGACUAAUGUAUUUCAAAGCUAAGGACAACCAUUAAAACAGCUAAGUUAAAGAUUUCAAUUAACAUAAUUAAAUUAGCAUCUUGAAAGCGUCUGAUAUCAACCCUAACAAACUAAAUUAGCUGAAGAUAUCUUGAAAAAGACAGUAAUUUAAUUAAUAAGCAAGUAAUUAAAUUAAGGUUUAAAUGAAUAGUAAGAUUGACACAUUGCCAAAAAACUGGUGUGAUAAGAUUUUUUUGAAAAAAUAAAAGUAUAAAGAGACAGAUCAAUAGAUGAAGAAGGAGAAGAUUUAUUAUUAAACUUUAAAGCACUUUUAAUCUUUAUAAUUAAAAACUAAAUAUGAGCAAUUAUAAAUUAAGAUAAAUGGUUGUAGACAAAUAAAGUGA